AUGUGGAAGUCGCUGGGCAGGUUGAAUUGGCCGCUGAAUGUUUGCCGUGGGAGAGCGUACAGUUCGAAAGUGAUCGGCAUCGACUUGGGGACGACGAACAGUGCCGUGGCGUACGUCCGGAACGCUACCAGUACUCGUGCCAGUGCUGGCAAUAGUGAUGGUUCUGGUACAGGUGUAUCUGCUCCAGAUGCUGCUAUUAUAGAGAAUGUCGAUGGUGGGAGGACGACACCCUCCAUUGUUGCCUUCCCGCCGCAUGCGUCAGAGGGUGAGGUGCUUGUUGGGAUGAGAGCGAAGCGACAACAAGCGGUAAACUUCGCCAACACGUUCUUUGCGACGAAGCGGUUGAUCGGGAGACGCUUUGAUGACGCGGAGGUGCAACGAGAUGCCCGGUUGAUGCCUUACAAGAUCGUAAAGCAGCACGGCGGGAAGGAGCAAGCUGCGGUGGUCACCACGGAUGGCCAUGUGAGAAGCCCUGAACUGAUCGGGUCGUACCUGUUGCGAUACUUGAAGCAAGCUGCGGAACAGUACUUGAACGAGAGCGUCGACAGUGCAGUGAUUACGGUCCCCGCGUACUUCAAUGACUCGCAAAGACAAGCUACGAAGGACGCGGGGCAAUUGGCCGGUUUGAAAGUGAUGAGGGUCGUUAACGAACCGACUGCAGCAGCGCUUAGCUUUGGGUUAGGGUCGAUUCAGAGGAAAGGUGAGCGCAAGAUGAUAGCCGUUUACGACCUCGGCGGCGGGACCUUUGACAUCUCUGUGCUGGACAUCGAGGACGGUGUCUUCGAAGUGUGCUCCACAAACGGUGACACGCAUUUGGGGGGCGAGGACUUCGACAACGUCGUCGUCUCGUAUCUCGUGGACCAGUUUGUUGAGCAGAACAAGACUCAGAUCACGAGGGAACAAGUCACCGCGGAAAGGGACACAAUGCAGCGGAUCAAGGCGGCCGCGGAGAAGUCGAAGAUCGAACUGUCUCAUCGUCCUGAGACGCUGGUGAGCAUCCCGUUUCUCCACGGAAACUUGCACCUGAGCAUAACGCUGACCGAGAAGGAACUGGACAAUAUGACCAUGCAUUUGAUAGAACGUACGGUGGGUCCCGUGAAAAGGGCCCUUGCCGAUGCGGAACUUGCCCCCGGAGACAUCGACGAGGUGAUCAUGGUCGGUGGGAUGACACGGAUGCCCAAGAUCCGGGCCGUUGUCGAGGAACUGUUCGGCAAGAAACCCAACACGAGCGUCAACCCGGAUGAGACCGUUGCACUCGGUGCUGCAAUUCAAGGUGGAAUCCUUUCCGGGGAGAUCAAAAAUGUGCUUCUUCUCGACGUGACACCGCUGACCCUCGGGAUCGAAACCUUUGGCGGCACCUUCUCGCCAUUGAUCCCAAGAAACACGACAGUCCCCGUGAAGAAGACGGAGAUCUUUAGCACGGGUGUCGAUGGACAGACUGGGGUCGACAUCAAAGUGUUCCAGGGGGAGCGCGGACUUGUCAGGGACAACCAACUGAUCGGCGACUUCAAGCUCACAGGGAUCCCGCCAAUGAUGAAGGGCACCCCACAAAUCGCGGUCACCUUUGACAUCGAUGCGGACGGGAUCAUCAACGUGUCCGCAAUGGAGCGCAGUUCCGGACAGGAGAAGUCCAUCACCGUGGUCGCAAACACGGCGAUGCCCCAGGAGGAGAUCGACCGGCUGUUGCGCGAGGCGGAGGAGAACCGCAGCCGCGACAACGCGAUCAGACAGAGACUAGAGCUGCUCGCAAAAGCAGACAUCAUGCUCUCGGACACUGCGAACACGUUCACUCAGCACACGAAGUUCUUCUCCGCAGACAAAGAGUUCCCUCCCCUACAGAAGGAACUCGCCCAAUUGCAGACCCAAUUGCGCCAAUUGCGAGCGGAACCGGACGGCGACGAGUCCCGUCUGCUGCAAGAAGUCAACGCCCUCAAGAAGAACACGGACGAGUUGCAGAAGAAGACCUUCCAGCUGAUCCAGCGGCUCGCACGGCCCGGGAACACGCCGCCAACCGCUCAGUGA